AUGGCCGGUCUCGGAAAACUUACAAAUUCGCUGGUUUCAGUGGCAAAUGAAAAUACAGUCGCGCUUGUCAACUUGAGUGUCGACUUCUCCGUCUUUCGCUGUGAUCCGUCCCCAGAAUACCUUGCAGUCGGCUCAGCAUUAACAACCAAAAGAAAACAGGAAGCUGAAAAUGGUGCUAUUCACGCUACAGCCUGCAAAUUGGGCUUUCUGUUCCACCAGAUGCUGCCUGACACACCAAAACUACUCCAGGCAUAUGGGACCCGUGUAUGUGAAAUCCUUUCACGUCCGGGCAUCAACCCAGAAGGUACCGAGGAUGACGGUCCAUUUCGAGCCUUUAUUGGUGCUGACUGCACCUCGAUAUGGGCGGCUGCGACGUCAGGACCUGCGUCUAUUAGCAUUCUCCUCUUAGCAUGCAUGCUUUCGAAUGCAUGGGAUGCGAAAACAGCAACUUCUAUCUGGGUGGAACUCAUCGAACAAAGAAGAAGAAAUAUAUGGGCCCAGACGGAGGAUAAUAAGAUAGUACAUCCUCAUUCUUUAUCUGCUGCUAAACAAGAUAUCAGCAGGUCUGAGUUGGCGAAUUGGGACGCUAGUGUGCGUUCUUGGCUGAGACGGGCAGAUGUUGCGAUGCGUUUUCAGCACACCCAGCUCAAGCUUAUUAUGGACAACAUUAGUACUCCGUACUCGACCGCCGGGUCGACUUUUGAGAAAGUGACGAUGGCCUGGGUUCGGGCCAUGGAAGUUGUAGAGCGACUUCUCAACAAUCUCCCGCAAGAAGUAUCCGAUCGUGCCAUACUACUAGCGAUACAUUCCUGGCACCUCUACCCAGACAUUCUCGUCUUUCAACAAGAAGCGAAGAAGAUACCUUUCAAUGACACACUGUUUCCCAAUGCUGGUAUCCUCAGUGUGGGUCUUGAGUACAAAGGCCCUUCCGAUAAUGUCACCAAAUGGUCUCUCGCUCUAUCUCACUUGAGAUACUAUGGAGAUCCGGUGCUGGUCCGAAGCAACGACAAUGAGAAGCGCCUGCAUGUUCAUCAACUGUGGCUCGUCACACUCGGCGUCAUAUUCAGACAGUGGGAAGUUUCGUAUGCCAAUUUUGACGAAGCGAUUGCUUGGUUUCAGGAGCUGAACAAGAUACUGAGGCUGGUCGACAUGGCUCAACAAGUAGAGCUAUCGUGGCUAAUUCGGCUUUGUGAUGCCGCCUCGUCUAUCAAAGAGAACAACGGUCUAGAAGCAAAGAGAUUAAUCAAAUAUGGAUGGAGGCGAGCCAAAAAACUUCUAGGGCCUGAUGACAGGGCUAUGCGUUGUCCUUUCUUCGGGCUAUGCAACCCCUAUGUCAUGUCUGUCCUCACUAUGGUCGAUGAUGUUGAUCGCGGCGUCGAGUUUAUGCGAGGGAUCGCUUCCCAGCUGGGAGUCGAGGCGCAUGAAGCCAUUAUAUUAUAUACGGCAAUGCAAGACCACGAGUCUUGGUAUUACGAAUGGUUUACAAUUGUUCCAAUUGAGGCGCAUCUCGGACUCAACAAUACCAUCGACUCCUCACAUGCGUCAAAGAUUGGAGAGAAGAGGCACAUAAGGUGGCUUCAUGCUAUUAACCCUAACGGUAAGGACGUUCAUCAAACAAUGUUGGAGCAGAGAUGCCACGAAAUUGAGCAAAAGGGGGAAAUUUGCCAUAUUGCCUACGACAAGAGUGAGAUGUUGGUUCAAAUUAAAAAAACCGGCCGACGACGAUAUGGUUGGGAAAGACCUCCUCGGGUUUUCAGUUCGACAGGGCCUGUUGAAUUUACUCGUCUCUCAUCGCUUCGGCAAGAGCAAUAUUCAAGAUUUCAGCUGUUGAUUGAGUCUAGUAAGCAUAAUAGUUUUGGGUCCGCGCAUUUCGUCAACCUCAUGCGUCUUGCUGCUGCGACGAUGGCUUCACUGGGGCAGGGAUUAAAUUGGCUUAGACAAACGCCUCAGCCGCAAAAGAUUCUACAAUAUCUAAAGGAAUCUCUCCGCACCAGCCAUCCCAAGCCUUACCAAGGGGGGCUCAAACGAAAAGCUCCAAUGGACGAACCGACACAGGAGGAAAUCAACCAAUACUUUGAUUUCGUCUUGCGCCAAGAAGGAAGCAAUGAAGGCAAAAUCCAGGAUGAUAUCACCGGAUGUGUCCGCCUAAUGAGCAGCGCUUGCGAUCAGCCGGCACCAUGGCUCAUGUCCCUACGUAUACUAGAGGUUGUCAGCCAUUUGUAUCAAAGCUUCCCAGGUGCAACUGUAUCGCUCCGGCUCGUUGAGCAAGACCUGCUGAAGGCAAAAUGGUUACCCCCGCCCAUUCGUGAAAUCCUGAAUAGCCCUUUCAACACCACCGCUUUCAGGGCCGCCGUCGAAACUCCAAUCACUAAAUACCUGACUGCGAUGACUCGGGCGGCUUCAUUUUCUUGUAUUGCAAUGUUCGAAUCUGGCUAUUUCGACAUAGACCCUGAUCAUCUAAACGAAGUUAUCGCGUUGUGUUCAGAAGACUCUAUAUUUGUGGCUGGCAUCAUGCUCUCUGAUCCUGGUUCCAAGGCCCAAGGGGGGGAUAUCCGCCAUUUAGUCGGUAAUGUCGGUCACUCAGGUAUGGUACUUAUGGUGUCUCCCCUCGAACCUCGAAUACGAGCGGUUGGCCAUGACCCCGAACUAGUAGAACACAGGCCAUUCGACGGCAAGAGCAUAGACAGUUUCGGAGGAACAUCAUUGCAUCUCUCUUUUACCACAUGGAAGAUGCCCCUGGACUGGCAAAAUACCGGCGAAAUCGAUCAGGAAAUAUUCCUUCUCGAGUCCGUUGUUUCGGUGCAAGAUAAUGGCAACUGGGUAGCUGAUAUCGACGUUAUCGAUAUGGAAAAGAGCUGUCCUGACAUCAUUGAGAAGUUCAGCUGCGAUCAAAGCUGCUCGGCGGCAGAUCCGGAGGAGAGCCACGGGGAUAAAGUUUCUAUAGAUUCCUGGGAAGAAUUACUAGAUCCCCCUCCCUGUAUUGGAAUAUUCCGUGCGAAGAAAAACUGGGCAGCACGACUAGCAGCAGCGUCCAUUUUGGUGCAACAAGGAAAAGGCUACAGCGCACUCAUCGUGGGAGAUGAACGGGUUUGCUGGUCAUGCUUGCGAGACUUGUAUGCUGAGCCUGAGCCUCAUCUUCCUCAGCUUAUUAUUUACUGA